CGCUUGCCUGUCCUGGGGCAGCUGAGACGCAAUGUGGUGUUGUUCUGGUUGCUGUUGUUGUGCCUGUGUUUUUCCUCUCCUUUCUUUUUGCUUCCGCCCUGUCCCUUUCCUCCCGUCUCCGGCGCUCCAUAUGAAGCAGAAGUCGAUCCCCCCUCCACUUUCUUCCUUCCACCAACAUGCCCUUUGAUACGAUGGACUCUUUUGUCCCGCGAUUUUAACACCAUUCCUGCGCUCGCCCGUUCCUGUCCGUGACGAUGCAAGAUAGGCUCUCGCCUCCGAGCAAGAAGCACCGUCGCCUGGCUUCAGAACGUGCAGAUUCCGCCGACCAGGAGCCAUCUUUGGCCGAGGACAGCAUCACGCCAGCGCAGACGCAGACAUCCGCGCGUACACCGCCCCCCGCCUCUUCAUCGUCUGAAUCGACCGAAUCGUCGUCGGAGUCUACCGCGCCCAAUCCAGAGACUGCAAAGCAGCCCGCAAGAAGACGGCCUGUCAGGAAGGCUGUCAAUGUUGCCUGCGAGUCUUGCCGGAAGCGCAAAAUAAAGUGCAAUGGGAACCGGCCGAAAUGCUCAGCAUGCGAAGCUCGCCUGGUCGAGUGCGAAUAUGCGUCGGCCUAUCGUGAGGAGACAAUCUCGGCCGCGCUCAAGCGCAAGUACCAGGAGGAGAACAAGAAAUCGAGUUCCUAUGAGGAGUUCUUUACCGCUCUACAGAACUGCUCGGAGGAUGAUGCGAUGACCAUGUUCAGCUUGGUGCGUCAAGGCGUCGACCCCGGGGCUCUUCUGAGGCAGAUGAAGGAAGGCGACCUGUUGCUACAGCUGUCCGUCGUCCCUGAAACUCGGAGGCGCUAUCAGUUCCCCUAUCUGGCCGCCAUGCCUCUCCAUCUCCAGACUCCGGACAACCCGUACCUCAACUCGGUUUUGUAUGAGACGGCAUUCCACGGAGUUGGCCAGCAGGGCGGCCAUGGGUCCGCGUUGCCUCAAAGUGCAUUGGCCAGCCGAUAUCAGAACAUCUACCUUCAGCCGUAUCACGCAGCCGAGCUUCUGGAUCCUUUAAUUGACCACGUCAAGCCGUCCAAAUGGACCAUGGUCAGCACUGACGACCACUUGAUGCGGACGCUCUUGCGAGCUUACAUUCUCCACGAAUACCCAACCUUUCCCAUCUUUCACAAGGACAUCUUCCUCCAGGCCAUGAUUGACGAGGACACGCAAUAUUGCACGCCAAUGCUCGUCAAUGCCUUGUUGGCGGAAGCAUGCCACUCCUUCAUUGGCAUACCCAAUCGGCACCAGUUCUGGGUCCCCCAGAGCCUCAGAUACCGCUUCUUAGCCGAGGCAAAGCGCCUGUGGGAGCUUGAGAGCGACAGGGUAGACUUGGUUACCGUGCAGGCCGCCACGCUCCUGAACCUCAUCUAUAGCCACAACGGCAUGGACAAGGUUGGCCAACCGUAUCUGAUGCAUGGGCUUCGACUUGCCCAACAGCUGGAGCUCUUUGGAGACCAUGCCCACGUAAAGAACCAGAGGAUGAUACACGCUCGCGUCUUCACCGCUUGGGCUCUCUUCAACUGGCAAUGGUGUGUAUCCCCCGUGCCUUUCUCUCGUCCAGUCACUGUACAAGCAUGCACUCUGCGCAUAUCGUCUCGUCUCGUCUCCCCGUCCGCUGACAUGUCGACCGCGCUCCUUGGCAGCAUACAAUCGUACUAUUACUAUCGGGCUCCUCUGAUCCCUGAUCCGCCGGCCACGCCGCUGCCCGACCCAGAUGAGCAUCCGUUUUGGUAUGGGGACUUCAAGCUUCGAUACCCGCUGAAUCCGACGUUGGUGCCGGCACAUUAUGGGCAUUACUUCAAGGCCGUUUCCGGUCUGCGUUCGAUAAUCCACGACAUGGCUGCCAUCAGCUACAGUCAGAAAGAGGAGCGCACAGUAUCGCCCCGGCAAAUAUGGUCUAUAUUUUCGAGGUUGGAGAAAUGGUAUCUGGGGCUGCCCGCAGUUCUCUCCCCCCGAAACAUCGUCUUCCCAUGGCAGCUCAAGGUGCACAUGGAGCUUUACCUUGCCACCAUUCUGUUUUCUACAAAACAGGCGGAUGUUUCAGAGGCUUCGACGCUCAUGAAAGAAACGGCCCAAAAAACGGCUGCCCAUGCAGCUGCUCGCCUCGAGACUGUUGCGCGCCUGUACUAUAUCCGGCACAGCUUCGAGUACUGCGACCCCUUCUUGACGAUUCAUCUCUCCUUCGUAGCGGGCGGGGCCAUGGACAGCCUCAAACUGACUCCGGCUCACGACGUGGAGACAAUCAAAUCCCUAAAGUCCACAAUCAUCCUCAGCCUCAAGGGGCUAUACGAUCAAGGCCAGCACAUUCAUCUGACCUCGGUCAUCUAUCGGCUGCUGCGGGAUCGGCUCAGUCCAGAAGAUCUAGCCCUCCUCCAGAACUACGUGGUCUGGGAUCCCCUCGCCCCCGAAGAGCCGCUCUUGGUGCAGUAUGCCCAGUCCCAUUAUCCCCUGACUAUGGGGAGCAAGCAUCAAGACCCGACUUCCACGCGGCUUGAGAACCUUGUCAAACAAUAUGGGCAGCUAUCGACCGACGACAGUCAAUGA